AUGAUCCGGAAACAAGCGCGUGAAAGGCGCGACUACCUCUACCGCCGCGCAUUAACUCUGCGCGAUGCAGAACUUGCAUCCAAGAGAGCCGCACUCAAAGAAUCUCUCGCAAGCGGAAAGCCGCUGUCAAAAGACGUUGCCAACGACACAGCCCUAAGAGAAGACUACAAGUACGACGAGAGCAGAGCAGAUAGGACAGUCGAGGAAGAGCUAGGCUUGGAUGAUGAAUAUGCGCAGCUAUCUGGAGUCGUCGACCCAAGAAUCCUCGUCACAACCAGUCGUGACCCAUCCAGCAGACUCGGCACUUUCGCAAAAGAAAUCCGAUUACUCCUCCCCACAUCCAUCCGCCUGAACCGCGGUAACAUGAUUCUGCCCAACCUAGUCGAAAGCGCAAAGUCUGGAGGCCUAAGCGAUAUAGUACUCCUACACGAACACAGAGGUACUCCGACUGCCUUGACAGUCUCGCAUUUCCCCCACGGACCCACUGCCAGUUUCUCGCUUCAUAACGUAGUCCUCCGAGCAGACAUUCCCAACUCCUCGCGCGGCACAGUCUCAGAAAGCUACCCACACCUCAUCUUCGAAGGCUUUACCACAAAACUUGGUCAACGCUGCGUUCAGAUUCUAAAACACCUUUUCCCGCCUCGAGAAGCAAAUGCUAAAGUGGGAAAUCGUGUGGUUACUUUCAAGAAUAUCGAGGAUACAAUUGAAGUCCGUCACCAUGUUUUCGUGAAGACGGGAUACCAAUCUGUAGAGCUGGCGGAGGUCGGGCCGAGGAUGAGCAUGCGCUUGUUCGAGAUUCGCGCGGGUACGCUGGAUAAUAAGGAGGGAGAUGUCGAGUGGCAUCUUAACCAGUACACGAGGACGGGCAGGAAGAAGGAUUACUUGUAA